CAUUCUCACAUUUCUUUCCUUUGCUAACCCGUGUUGUAUACUACAAUGCCUGAGCCGGCCAAGUCCGCGCCCGCGCCCAAAAAGGGCUCGAAGAAAGCGGUCACCAAAGCCCAGAAGAAAGACGGCAAGAAGCGCAAGCGCAGCCGCAAGGAGAGCUAUUCCAUCUACGUGUACAAGGUGCUGAAGCAGGUGCACCCGGACACCGGCAUCUCGUCCAAGGCCAUGGGCAUCAUGAACUCCUUCGUCAACGACAUCUUCGAGCGCAUCGCCGGCGAGGCGUCCCGCCUGGCGCAUUACAACAAGCGCUCGACCAUCACGUCCCGGGAGAUCCAGACGGCCGUGCGCCUGCUGCUGCCCGGCGAGCUGGCCAAGCACGCCGUGUCCGAGGGCACCAAGGCCGUCACCAAGUACACCAGCUCCAAGUGAGUCCCUGCCGGGACGCGGCGCUCGCGCGGCUCCCCGCCCGCUUGACUCCAAAGGCUCUUUUCAGAGCCACCCACCUAAUCACCAGAAAAGAGCUUUGUUCACUUACUUUCUUUGUUUUUUCUCACAAAGUAAGUUAUUCUAGUUGGUUAAAGGUCACAGAAGAUGGUACACUUAGCUGUUUCGGUCCUCUGACUUCAGGUUCCUUGCGCGGGACUGCCUUUGCUUCUGAGUCUAGGGUGCGUCUUAAUUCCUUAUUGUGUUUAGUUUUCCUAUGAAUCAGCUCUAAACUAAGAUCCGCUCCACCCCACCCUCCGACCCCAGACUACAGUGUCCUGGGGGUUCUGCCGGCUACGUCUCAUCGGUGUUUUAAAAAGAAGUGAGUGAUUUUCGGCAUCCACAUUUAAGAAAGGACCCGAAGACACAACUAAGCUCGGGUCCCGCGAGCACUGCAUCACAGCCCUGGAGGAUUCUCAAGAGUCUGGCAGCCUCUUGGGUCUUGGGUCACCAGUUUUGCUUUGCGAUGUGGCCUCCCAUGGAUACCAGCGCUCUUCUGGGCACCUCAGGCGGAGCCAGCGCGGCCGGGUCUCAGCCUUUCCGUGAUUGGACGACGUGAAUAUUCAAAACCACGCGCCGCUCCAGAAUUCGUAGAUUCUGGUUUUCGCUGCUUACUUUAAGACUUUGAGAUCCCUAUUUCUCUGUUUGUGAGUCAUUUUUGCCCUUGAAUGCUCUCCUUGGAACGCUCCAGCCUUGGGUCACUGCAAGGCACUGGUCACUUAGGUCUGGGCUAAAAGUCACCUCUCAGAGGCCUUCCCAGCUCAUCCACUCAGGAAUUCGCGCUUCUCGUUUCUGCCUGUCCUUGGUCUCUCUCACUGUUUUAUCUUCCUCCUGGUAGCUGUCAGAAAUUGUUUGGCUCGUUUAUUUUCUUGUUUAUGGUCUUUCUCCUCAAGCCCUUGACAGAGACUUUGCUGGUCUGGUUUUCCGCUAUAUUGUCAGCGCCAAUCUGCCUGACGUGUAGUGGACACUUACAUCGUGAAUUAAUACUGUUGAAUUAAUUUUCCUAUCCCACCCCUUCCUUAAUCACUUCCUUGGGUGGAUGAGUGCGGGUCAUUUCCGUUAAACAUAUGUGAAGAUGAUGAAAAUGGAAAUAUUUUUGGAGCUUCUUUCCCAAGUCUGCCGUGGUCACCUCAAGGCAACAGCUGGGAGAAAGCCUAUGUUAAAAUUCUUGUUGCGCCUAAGAGGAGGUGGCAAUGUUUGCUCCUCCCUUUAUGCUUCUCAGUUUAGUGUAACCUCUUUUGGAUUUUCAUUAAAUUCAGAGCUUUGGUCUCUGGUAAGAUCCUUUUCCCUUCUCUUUUUCUGACACUCCCCACCUCCCCCCAUUCUGCCAUCUUCAUCCUCUGUUCCCUACUGAGAUCACCUUUUAAUUUACACUCACCAUCUCAUUUGCUUUUCGGGACACCCUGUAAGAUAGACCCUGUAAGAUAGGCAAAGUUAAUAUCCCUCUACAAACAAGGUUGAGAGAAGCACAGUCCACUGGCCACGCAGCUAACACUGUCCACCUUUGUAUCCUCAGGUAUGAGGACAAUUACAUUUUAGUUUUACUUUGUGUCAUUGCAGAAUGUUGAAUCUUUCUGUCCAAGCCAUGAUUUUGCUGAUAAAUACAUUGAUGGUCUGAUCAGUUAUUAAACGCUGCUUUUGGUCCUGGAGUUGAUUGCAAGGUUUUCAUGAAUCCAAAUGGACUCCAGACAUCAUAGACUGAUUAAAUCUUGUGUUUCCUACAUGUAUGUUUUCAAAUGUGUGUAGAUGCUAUUGUUAUUGAUAAAGUUACCAAUUAAUUUAAAAA